UUCCGCCGCCUCCCGGUGGCGCCGGGGCCGAUCCGCGCCUUCGCCCGGCGCCGCUCCGGGGCCGUGGGCAGGGUCGGACCGGCGCCUCAAGGGCCGCUUCCUUCUUCCUGCCUCAGGGAGACUGCAAGAAGAUUCCCAUCCGGCAUGCUGCAAAUUCCAAGGAAGGCAGCGCAAUCGAAGACACGUCUGCUGCCAUGGUGAAUGAGAAGCACAAUGACACCCUGCUCGUGCAGCUGGGGCCCAAGCUGCAGGCCUGCCCAAAGGAGCUGCUCCGGCAGCGCCGAGGCCACGCCGGCCGGCCGGAAUACCUGGUCCGGUGGAGCAUCGUCAGCUCGGAAGAGAGAGCAGCGGGAGGCAGCAGUGCCUCCUGUGCAGAGACCAAGGCAGAGAGCAUCUCCAUGUGGAUGUCUGCAGAGGAGGUGUGUGCCAGCUGCCCGGCGCUGCUGGGCCAGGGGAGGCCGGAAGGGCCGCGGCUGGAAGAGGAGAAGGCGCCCGGCCCCUCGGACAAAGCCUGGCUGGACGAAGCCUCGCUGCUGGAGAUGAAGGCCGACGUCAGGAGCCUGGUGCAGCGAGCCGGGCGCCAGGUGGCCGAGGCUGGGACGCCCGAGGGCUCCAUCCUGAGCACGGUGCACGUGCUGGGUGCCUACGCCGGCAUCGGCUCCCUGGCGGGCGCCUUCAGAGAGACGGGAGCCCUGGAGCUGCUGACGGCGAUGCUGUGCCACAGGGAGAAGCGGAUCCGCCGCGGUGCCGGCCAGAUGCUGCGCGCUCUGGGCGCGCACGAUGCAGAGAGCCGGGCCUGUGUCCUGCUGUCCCUGAGCCAGCAGGAUGGCAUUGAGCAGCACAUGGACUUUGACAGUCGCUGCACCUUGCUGGAGCUGUUUGCUGAGAUCACGUCCUCUGCAGAGCACUGCAUGUCCUUCGAGGGGAUUCACCUCCCGCAGAUCCCUGGGAAGCAGCUGUUCGUCCUGGUGAAGCGCUACCUGUGCGUGACUUCUCUCCUGGACAAGCUGAGCAGUGGCUUGGAGCAGGGAGAGGCUGUGCCCAGCCCUGUCCCUGAGGAGAGGAGCCGUGUGAAGCAGGAGUUUGAGUUCAGCAUGGCCAUGGCAAACCUCAUCUCGGAGCUGGUGCACGCGAUGGGCUGGAGCCGCAGCCACAAGGCAGAGCUGCUGGCCCAGCGGGACCUGCAGCCUUGCCCUGCCCGCUCCAUCUUCCAGCACAAGACUCCAGCCAGCACUGCUGCCCAAAAGCCUGUGUUGCCUUCAAAUCCUAGUCCUCACAAAAAGCAGGGCUGCACUUUCCUGACCGCAUCAGACUUCGCAGACAGCAGUGACUACGUGGAGUACUUGCGGGCAAACCUGGUGCGUGGCAUGCGGGUGCGCUUGCUGGAGGACUGUGGUGAUUUCAGAGCUGGGGAGGAAGGCGAGUUUCUCCAGAGCACCAAUAACAUGCACACAGUACAGGUUUUAAGAGAGUCAACAGGUCGGACCUACUGGAUGCGUUGGCACAUACUGGAGAUUGUUGGCUUUGGGGACCAGUGGGAAGAUCCUGCUGCUCAGGAAAAGGAAUAUAGUGUGAGAAAGUGCUUUAAUCUAGACACAGGUGAGAUUGUGAUGCAUGUGUAUGUAAUCUCUUUCUUUCUGAUUAUCCUAUGGAAGAGGAGUGGUGCCCUUUAUAUAGCCAAACACAUAGCAAGUAGCAGCCUGGGUUUAGAAAGCACUAUUUGUGUGACCAUCCCCGCAGCAGCCCCAGGGCCCCGAGCCCCAGGGUGCUGGCAGGGCGGGGCAGGGCUGGGGCUGUUCCGAGGGGCUCGUCCCGCUGCGGGCUCAGCCCUCGCGCCGCUCCCGCAGGUGCAGCGGUUCCUGGAGGCGGCGGGGCAGGCGCCGGACCUUGCGGAGCGCUACUGCCGGCUGUACCAGCGCCUGCGCGGGGCCACGGAGGAGCUCUUUGGGCAGCAGGCCGCCUUUGUGCUGGCCCUGGGCCAGGGCUUUGCGGGGGCUUUGCUGCAGCUCUCCUUCCUGACUGCCCUGCACGUGAGUGAGCAGUUUGCCCGCUACCUCGACGUGCAGAUCCAGGAGCUCCGCAGGGCUGCAGGCAGCACAGGGCCUCUGGAGCGGCUGCAGCAGUUUUUGGAGCCCUUUGCCGUCUUCAGUGGCCUGGAGUUUGCCCACACCUUUGAACACUUCUACAGGCACUACCUGGGGGACCGGCUGCUGACACAAGGGCCAUCUUGGCUGGAAGGAGGCAUCGUGGAGCAGAUCGGACUGUGCUUCCCCAGCCGCUUUCCCCAAGACAUGCUGAGCAACUUGGCCCAGUCGGAGGAGCUCCAGCGGCAGUUCUGCCUCUUCCAGCUGCAGGAGCAGGAUAAGCAGCUGCUGGAGCUGGACGCGGGCCUGGACGAGGUGCUGGGACCAGCUGCUGUGGCAGAUGUGCCAGAGGUGAAGGUGCUGGCCCUGUCCCCCCGCUGCUGGCCCGUUUCCCCACUCUGUUACAUGAGUAACCCUGGGAGGUUUUUCCCGGCGGCGCUGAGCUCCCCCCUGGAUGAGUUUGCUGACUUCUGCCGGCAGAGCCAGAGCCAGCUUGGCUGGGAGUGCACGAAGCCCCGUCGGCUGCAGUGGACGUGGCUGGGCCACGCCGAGCUGCAGUUCGGAGACUGCGUUCUGCACGUGUCCACGCUGCAGAUGUACAUCCUGCUGUGCUUCAACAGCGCCCAGGAGGUGGCUGUGGAGGCCCUGCUGCAGGCUACGGGGCUCCCUGCUGACCUGGUGCACCACGCGCUGACACCGCUGACCCGCGGCCAGGGCGUCCUGGUGGGGAGCUGCGCUCCGGGGGGUGUGCUGCGGCUGAACCAGGCAGCCCUGGCCCAGAGCUCCGGUCGCCAGCUGAGGCUGCUGCCCCAGCAGAGGUACCUGCGCACCGAGAGGGCCGAGGUGAGUGCCCUGGAGAGGAAGAGGAACGUCCUGUGCUGCCUCAUCACCCGCAUCCUCAAGGUGGAGAAGCAGCUGCACAUCGACAACCUGGUGUUCAGGGUGAUCGAUGCCUGUCAGAAGGGCGAGCUGGGGCCAGGGGUGCAGUUCCUGAGCUUCUGCUGCCACAGCGUGGACGUGCUGUCCUGCAUCCUGCACCUGCUGAACCAGGGCUACCUCCAGCGCCAGGAGGGGAGGCCUCAUGUCUUGGAAUACAUCUCUGCUGAAUCCACAGCACCUCUUGGUGGCCAAGCACAGAUGACUUUCCAGUGCAGGCCAGCCCAAGUGUCUCUGGAGGAGGAGAGCAGAGACAGCCUGCAUAGGCGGAAUCCUGGCACAGACAGGCCGGAAGAAUAUCUCAUGGCAAUGCUACAGGUGCCAAUGGGGCACACACUCAGUCCAGAGGAGGCCAAGCUGCUCAUGAACCAGACAGUACAGCAGGUCCAGGAUACUCUGAGCAUACCGGAUGAUGUUGCUCAGCACCUCCUCAUGCACUGCCGGUGGAAUGUGGAUUUCCUGAUCCAGUGCUAUGUGGAGAACCGUGAGGCCCUGCUCAUCUCCUCAGGGCUGCAAGUGCAGGAUGUCCAGCCUCCCCCAAGCCCUGGAACCCACUGCCCAGUCUGUGUGAACCAGCUGUGUCCCACUGAGAAGCCACCAACCCUUUGCUGCAUGCACUACUGUUGCAAGCCCUGUUGGAGGGAAUAUCUCACAACUCGCAUUGAGCAGAACAUGGUUGUCAACUGCACGUGUCCCAUAUCCGAGUGCCGUGCUCAGCCAACAACAGCCUUCAUCUACUCCAUCGUGUCCUCCCAGGAGAUUAUAGCCAAGUAUGAAAAAGCCCUCCUCAGACGCUACGUUGAGUGUUGCUCCAACCUGACAUGGUGCACCAACCCUCAGGGCUGUGAUCAGAUCCUCCUUAAGGAUGGACUUGGUUAUGGAGCAGCCUGUUCCAAGUGCUCCUGGAUAUCCUGCUUCAACUGCAACUUCCCAGAGGCCCAUUAUCCUGCCAGCUGCAGCCACAUGUCUCGGUGGGUGGAUGAUGAUGGGUACUAUGAGGGAAUGACAAGUGAAGCCCAAAGCAAACAUCUGGCUAAGCUCAUUUCAAAGCACUGCCCAAACUGCCAGGCUCAGAUAGAGAAAAACGAGGGGUGCCUGCAUAUGACAUGUGCAAAGUGUAACCACGGCUUCUGCUGGCGCUGCCUCAAGCCCUGGAGGCCAAAUCACAAGGAUUAUUACAACUGCUCUGCUAUGGUGAGUAAAGCAGCUUGGCAGGAGAAGCGUUUCCAGGAUUACAACGAGAGAUGCACCUUUCAUCACCAUGCAAGGGAAUUUGCCACAAGUCUGAGGAACAGCAUUUUUUCCAUCAGAGAGAUGCCAAAAAUUAGGAACUUGACCUUUGUUCUUGAUGCCUGCAAAGUGCUAGAACAGGCACGGAAGGUGCUGGCCUACUCCUGUGUAUACAGCUACUAUAACCAGGAUACUGAGAGCAUGGAUAUUGUGGAACAGCAAACUGAGAGCCUGGAGCUGCUCACUAAUGCUCUGCAGAUCCUUCUGGAGGAAACCCUGCUGCAGUACCAGGAUUUGGCCACCUCUCUUCAGCUCCUGAAAGCAGAGCACUUCCACGUGGGUUUGGAGUUGGUGCGGCAGAUCAAGGAGCGUCUCUUUGCAAUUCUCUGGCACUCCACACAGGAUUUCCAUGUUGGGCUCCAGACUUCAGGAGAUGCUGUCCAGAGAAAGUUGAAACUUGCAAAUGUGCCUGCUUCAGCCAUUGCAUGUGCAGGGCAAAAACGUAUCAUCCUGUGUGAAUCCCCCAACACAGAUGAAGGUGACAAGGAGGUUGAAGAUGAGGAGUAUGAUCCACAGUGGCAGGAAGACUAUGAUGAUGAUGAUGACCUUGAUGAAGACAACUUUAUGAUUGAUAAUGAUUCAGAUUGUGAUUCCUACUUUGAUGAUAAUGAUAGCUAUCGUAGCUAACACUAGAAGUGUUCUGUCACCCAGCCUGCCACCUUGGACCUUUGCGUCUACUUUGUCUCAACCUGUUUGUGUUAAUGUUUUUCCUGAAAGGCAGGGAGGAGCUUUCACAUGGAACAAAACAUUUCCUCUGAGAGGUUUCUUGCUCAGUGAGUCUUGAAUAUGUAGGAACAUGCUCUGGGCAGCUGGUCUGUGUUACUAUGGCCACAUCUCUCAGAAAGACAUCUCCUUGGCCUUUUUUGCUUGUCUCCAGUUCUGCCUGUAGGUAUUUAAUUGUGUUAGAAAGUCACAGCCCACGUGCAAGUGAGGACCACUUUCCACCUGUUAAAGGGCCGCUCCUUGUCCUUGGUGUGUUCUCCCCAAGGGCUGGGCACAGGGGAGGGUGGCACGUGUCCCAGCACAGCCCUGUCUAGCAAUGGCCACUGUCUAGAAAUGCUGUAAAAAGAUGCAUUUACACUCAAGUUAAAGCCUCCCAAAUGGAGCUGGUGGGAUGCUCCCCAGCCAUAGUUGGAAGUGGUUGGUUCCUCUAGUUGAGAGGGGCUGCAUAUUUGCCCUUUGUUGGACUUUUUUUCUCUGUUACAAAGCAGGAAGGGCUACUAUGAGUAACACAAGUUUGCAGGAUUGUUUGAGUUUAUAAAUAUAUGCA